GUGUUGCGAUACACUAGUAACGUAGCACGGUUGCAGUAUUAUUGUCUGUUUCACUUCGUAAAACCUAACUUCAUCUUCUUCGUUUCAAAUCCCUAAUACCUAAAUCCCUCUUAAGAUCUACAUGGAAUUCUCCAAGAAGCGCAAAACAGAAGAGAACGGCGACACCAAUUCUCCUCCUCCCUCAAACGACGCCGCCGUCACAACAACCCUCACCCCAGAAGACAUCCACAAGAUUCUCCAACCCUUCACUCAGGACCAGCUACUAGACCUUCUUAAGUCAGCGGCCCUCCAACACCCCAACGUUCUCGACGCCGUACGCUCCGUCGCCGACCGUGAUACCUCACGCCGUAAAUUAUUCGUCCGUGGCCUCUCAGGCGAGACCACCAGUGAAACGCUCCGUGCUGUAUUCGCUGCGUACGGUGACCUAGAUGAAGCAAUCGUGAUAUUCGACAAAUCGACAAGCAGGUCUAAGGGAUACGGCUUCGUUGUGUUCCGACAUGUCGAUGGUGCUAUCCUUGCCCUAAAGGAGCCUAGCAAGAAAAUUGACGGAAGAAUGACGGUGACGCAGCUUGCGGCGGCGGGUGCGGGUUCUACCGGCGGGGACGUUUCUGCUCGUAAGGUAUUCGUAGGUAACGUUCCAUUUGAAGUAUCAGCGGAGAGUUUAUUGAGCGAGUUUUCAAAGUAUGGUGAAAUCGAAGAGGGACCGUUAGGGUUUGAUAAAGCUAGUGGGAAAACUAGAGGUUUUGCUUUCUUUGUGUAUAAAACCGAAGAGGGUGCACGGAAUUCACUGGUGGAGUCUGCCAAAACCGUUGAUGGUCACCAAGUGAUUUGCAAGUUGGCCGUGGAUAACAAAAAGCCUAAGCCCGGGAACCAAAACCCAUCAGGCUUUCCAGUGGAUAAUUCUAACUCUAAUUAUCAUGCUCCUAAUGCUUCAAUGAUGCCGCAAUACGGUGCUCCUCCUAAUGCUUAUGGGCAACCACCUUAUGGUAAUCAGGUUCCUUCUGGCGGUGGGUAUGGGCCGGGAAUUGGUGCAGGUGCCCCUCAGUACGGCGGUCCGGUUCCUGGACCCGGGCCUGUUUCCGGUCCAAGGGCGCAUCCUCCCUCUGUUGGUGGAUACCCUGAUGGUUCACAGUAUGGUUACCCAUCACAGCCUAUGCCUAUGCAGAGACCCCCUAAUGGAGGAAUGUACCAAGGCGUGCCACCUUAUUAUUGAGGUGUUUCGUUCAGCUUUGUGAUGGCUUCUUGGGCGCUUGUGCUUUAAAUGGUUGUGCUGAUUUCGUGCAUGCAGACAAUGAAAUUUUUGGUCUUGGUUACAUGGACUGCUAUUUGUUGCUGCUUCACUACCUCUGCUUCUAUGUGUUGUGGUCUUAUUUGCUCUAGCUGCUAGUUAAAGCUUACAUAACAUGGUGUAGUUUUUUAUGUAGUGAUUAUGUGGAAUUUUUGUUGAACUUCUUAUUUUAAGUAUUUUCCUUCUUGAAUUAGUUUGCCAAGUUCUUGAUCAAGUUGCAAGGUGCAUUACAUGGAAUUUGAAACAUGCUAUCGCUGUCUAUGACUCUAUGUGCAUAUAUGUACUAUGGCUGGUUGUUAUGAUGAUACCUCAAUUUAUUUUGA